GAUUUGGUCUGUCAUCACUUUGUUUCGGAGGGAUACUGAUUUACGCAAUUAGUAUGCAAAGUAGCCUUCCACAGGCGGUGUUUUGUAUACACGCGUGUACCUCCUACCCACGACAGAACUAUCGGCAAGCAGGUCAUGCGUUCAAUCAAAGACUGGGACUGCGCUGCCGAUAACGUUGAUGAUUCUGAGGUCUUCUUGCUACACGACCUGGAUGAGUUCGAGAGCACAGAAUUCAAUCGGGUUAUUCGCACAGUGGCUCCCACUGAAACCCAGUCUAUUGAAUCUCACAAACGCAAACCUCCUGAGAGCGCUGCGACACGCUUGCUGAAGAAGAGGCAAAAUGUCUCAGAUAUAUCCUUACACAAGAUUAUACCCGGACCUCAUUUCUGUCCUCCACCAGACGUGAUCCCCCAAGUUCCGGUCCCCAAGAUAGGACUAAAGAAGUAUCUUUCCGAGAACGCGCCGUUUCCCAUUCCACCUCACAAUCAAGGCUCAAUUCGCGACGCCCUGAGCGAUGAGUACGCGAGAUCAGCAUGGAUCGUUCCCAUACGCGGCAAAGUACCCUGGCGAGGCUGCAGUGCGGCUACUGUGCUUGAACCUAAGCAGGCUUCGAAGCAAGGCUACUUCGGGGCACUUGGUCCGCGUGGCCCUCACGACCCUGCACCAAACGAUAACCCGGACUCACAGAUCGUCUGGACGCACGAUGCGCUCGUAGCUUUCUGGGCCUUCCUCCUCCAGCUCCGGGCAGGCGGCGCUCUCGGGCCGCUCUCGCUCUCGUUCGAUGUCGCUCGCACGCAGCCCGAGCCUUCGACCUCGUCGACGACGCGUGGCGUUGUUGUUGGACAUGCCGUUGAUAGCACUCCAAACGGUCCUGGGUCGACAGCACGAACCUCGUCCAGCAACCCUUCGCAGGAUGUCCGCUCUACGCUUCUCGGCAUGGACCACUUCAAGAUCUACCACGACACCCGCUAUACGAUCAACCUGCGUCACGUUUUGUAUGCCUGGAGCUAUGAGCCUCGUCAUUCGGAGGCCGUGGAGGAGAUUUUUGGCUCUGCUAUCCCCAAGGAUAAGAUCCGAAUGUUCAAAUACGCAAGGCUGGUUCUGCUGGACGAGAGAUCGAAGGCCAUAUUGAAUAUGUGACAUAUAGAAUCGCGUUGUUUCGACGAAGUCAGCGGUGCGUCUGAUUUUUGCCGUGCGGGGCCAUGCAUGAUGUAGUUGAGAAGACGCAUUGGCAAGCUUCUCGACGCGGGCAUGCCGGGUGGCGGGUAAGUACGGGAAAUGCCGGUGUCCCUAAACCGCAGUAACUUG